GCGAGUGCGCUUCACCACACGUCAGAUCAUAAGGCAAAAUUGAACCGAGCAAGCGUCUUGGUUACAAAGUAGCCGCCGAGCGAGCUCGUUUUCCAGCGAGGGAAUUUGCGCGUCGUCGCUUAGGAUUCUCACAACCAACACAGGCUUGAGCGACGAGUAUGUUGCAUUAAUACAUGUGUGUUUGUAUUAAGUGCAAUGUGAACACACACGGAUAUACGAAGGCUCAAUCAUGCUGCCAGCUUGCAAAUCUCCAAAUAGCAACAGCAACACACCCCAAGAGGACGAUGAAACCAUGAGCGCAGAACAGCGAGAAGCAAACGCCCCCAAACUGGACUCGGCCCCCCUUUACAACCACUCCGGCGCCUCCAGCCGGCUUGGCCCGCAAGGUUUGGAGCAGGACAGGGAACGCAACCCAGACGAGAAUUCCUUCUCCGGCCUGAGCUCCUGUUCCUUCCCGGCGGCUCCGUUUCCGAGUCUGGCGGACGGCAGCUGGCCGCAACAGUCCAGUUUCUCCGGCGAUUGGUCGGGAUAUCCCAGCAGCGGACCCCCGUCCGGCUCGGACCCCACAGAACUCUGUAGCUGCUGCAGCCAGAGCUUCCGGUCCGGACACAAGUUGAGCCUGGAGCAGCCGUGCUCGCUGCGCUCCGAGUCGCCCAGCCGGCACCACACGCUUCCGCCGUACAUGUGCUCCCUGCCGGGGGCCGCCUGCUGGGCCCGGUGUCCCUCCGACGCCCCGGCCGGGGGCCCCGUUAAGCUGCCGUGGCAUCAGAACAGAGCGGCUUACGCCCCGCAGCAACGUGACUGCAGACCUCCUUGGGAACGAUUCACCCCGACGGGCGGCCACAGCAUUCCACCUGCGGAGAAGCCGCUGACGCAGAGCAUGCCGUUGUCCCUGGAGCAGAGGAGGGUGUUCGUCACGUACGAGGCGGACGAUGACGCGCACGUCAACGAGAUCAUCAAUUUCGUCGCCCUGCUGCGACAUAACGGCUUCGACACUCACAUUGACAUAUUCGAGCAACAAUUUCGCAGCAUCAGCAAGAUCGACUUUAUGGAGCGCUACCUCAGCGAGAAGGAAUACCUGAUUAUCAUCAUCAUCAGCCCCAAGUACCACGAGACCGUCACGGCCUCCCACGUCAGCCCCGACAACGACGAGAGGAUGUGCAACACCGUCUACAUCCACAAACAGCUUCAGAAUGAGUUCAUCCAGAACGGAAGCAAGAAUUUCCGAUUCAUUCCCAUUUUGUUCCCUGGGGCAAAAAAGCGUCACGUUCCCAACUGGCUGCUGAACACACACGUGUACGGUUGGCCGCGCGACCGCGACGACAUCCUGCGACGGCUGAUGAGGGUUGAGAAAUACAACCCGCCACCCAUCGGAGAACUGCCCACCAUCGUGUCCAUCCCUAUAUAGAGCUUUUCUCAACACGCUAAGCGCUGAGAAGAUGAAAAGACAUUUUUGUGACUUCAAGGGUAAAGGGCUCCUGGGAUUUUGGAUUGGACUUUUUUUUUUUUUUUUACAUUGCCUUUGUAAUGUUAUAGGAAAGAGAUGUUUAAUAAAACUUGUUAAAAAAAUGUUUUUUAAAUGGAUUUAAAAGUGUGUGGGGGAGAGAAGGGGGACUUUACGAAAAUGGAGGGACGCCCCAACAGCACCUUUACAAACUUUUUGCCCUUAACUUCAAAAAGUGCUCUUUUCUUAGAAAAACCACGAUUGGCGUGGAGGGGGCGGGUCUUGCGUUUUUUUUCAUUUCCAACCUGCACCUAAAUGGGGUCAUCCGCCACGUAGCUGUUGACAUGGCACG